AUGCCACGUCGGCCAUCCUCUUGGCUCCUUCUGUGGCGCCAGUUUUGCUCUUCUUCUUCCAAUGCUGCUGCGCUCGAUGGCACAGGCGAGGCAAAUCUCGCGCGCCUGGUGAAAGCGGCCGGGAAUUCCAGGGAUUUGUUCCAGGGGAAGCGUGCCCAUGCGCUCAUCGGCGGGGAUCCAAAGCGAUACCUGGCGCAUCUCCUGGUGGAGAUGUAUGGCAAGUGUGGCAGUGUGGGUAAUGCGGUCUUGGUCUUCCAUCAGAUCAAGGACCCCAAUCUCUUCUCGUGGACGAUUCUCAUCAAAGCGUAUGCCCUCAAUGGGCAUCUUGAGGAAGCCUGGAGUGUUUUCAUCAGGAUGCCACAAAGGGACGUUGUUGUGUGGACAGUCAUGGUACAGGAGUACGCCAACAAAUCCUUUCUUGUAGAAGCGACCGCGGUGCUGAGAAAGAUGCCGGAGCACGACCCAGUUGCUUGGACUCCUUUGAUUUCUGCAAAUGCCCACAAGGGGGAUUACACGGAGUCUCGCGGCCUGUUUGAAUCUAUGCCGCAGCGCACCGUCGUCUCGUGGAACGCUCUCAUUCAAGCUUACGCACACAGUGGGAAUCUUGGAGAGGCGAAGCAAGUCUUUGAGAGGAUGCCUUCGCGUGAUGCUGCGUCUCACAACACCCUGGUCGCGGCCUUUGCGGAAAACGGAGACUUGCAGGAGGCCAGGCGAGUGUUCCAUUCCAUUCCUCACAGAGAUAGUGUCUCGUGGAAUGCGAUGAUCCAGGGGUGCGCUUGUAACAAGCUUCUCGAGGAGGCCAGGGACUUGUUCGAGCGGAUGCGUGAGAAGUCUGUGGUGACUUGGAACGUGAUGAUCACCGGGUAUGCCGAGUGUGGCGAUCUCCAGCGAGCGCUGGAGCUGUUUGAAAAGGCCGAGGUUCGGAAUACUGUGACUUGGAACGCAAUGAUCGUCUCUCUUCCAGGAAAGAUAAGCCACUCGGCUUCUUUUUUCAAAAGGAUGCCAAACAGGAACGCAAGCUCCUGGAACGCGCUCAUCCAGGCCUAUGUUUUCAACGAGAAGCUGGUUGAGGCCAGGCAAGUCUUUGAGAAAAUGCCGCAUUUUCAUGUCGUUUCUUACAACUUUAUAAUCUCUUCGUAUGCACAGGUUGGGAACUUGGAGCAAGCAAAGCUUCUCUUUGAUCGCAUGGAACACCCGGACAUUGUUUCCAUGAAUGCCAUGCUGGCUGCCUACGCGGUGGAAGAUCAGAUUGGUGACGCAAAAAAGCUUUUUGACGCGAUGGCGCUGAGGGACUUCAUCUCUUGGAACUCGCUCAUGAACGCCUACACAAACGUUGGAGACUUGGAGCUAGCAAAGGUGGUUUUCAAGAGGAUGGCGCAGCAUACGAGCGUGUCGUGGAACACCAUGUCCGCGGCCUAUGGAUUCGGAGGAUCAUCACUUGCGGAAGCCAAGUUUAUGUUCGACAACUCGCCGGAGCAAACAGUGAUCUCGUGGACGAUCAUGAUGGCCGUGUAUGCUUACCACGGUCAGCUGACUAUGGCUAGAGACAUAUUCGAUGGUUUCCCGAACGAGAAGAACGCGGUUACGUGGUCAGUCAUGGUAACGUCUUACGCCCAAGCCGGAAAGAUGGAGCACGCUAGAGAUCUAUUCAACAGGUGUCCAACGAAGAGUUUGCUGUUGUGGAACUUGAUGAUCCAAGCUUACGCACAAGAUGGACACUGCCGUCAGGCGCUCGAGAUUUUUCACGUGAUGAACUUGGAGAGCUGCCCGACUCCGGAUGAAGCAACGUUGCAGAUAGUUCUUGCCGCUUGCAGCUACGAAGGCUACGUUGAUGGAGGGAGGGACUGCUUCAUUUCAAUGCAGCAGGAUCACGGGCUGGUCCCAGAGGUGGAACACUUCUGCUGCAUUGCCGAUUGUCUGGGACGAGCCGGGCUGCUAGUGCAAGCCGAGAUGCUGAUACGAAGCAUGCCGUGCCUACCAAACUCCGCCGCCUGGACGUCACUGCUGGGUUCUUGCAACCUCCAUGGCGACGUUCAGCUCGGAGCCAGCAUCAUGGACAACUUUUUAGAGCUCGAGGAGACGGCAGCUCCAUACAUUCUUCUGUCUAACAUCUAUGCCACAAAUCCUCGUUCUCUGAACAUAGAGAGCCGUAUCAGUUGGAUGCCGAAGAAAUGGCAGCAACGAAGUUGGCCGUGA